AUGAAUCUUAAUGUAUCAAUGGUUGGAAGUAGUGGACAAGAUAAAUCAAUGCCAAAGUCAACAGCUGUAACUGCAUCUAAUUCCAGUUUAGAUCAAAAUACACCUUCACAACACCCGAAAGAUAAACAACAUGAACAAGAAAUGGAAAAGGAAAUACUACAGCAAGGUAGUAAAGAUGCAAGUUUUGUAAAUGACAAUAAUAAACCCCCACAACAAGAUCAACCGCUAAAUGGACAGCAAUAUGAAAAUCAAGACGAGCAAACUCAACCAAACCAACCGGAUCACAACCAACAACAGGACAAUGAAAAUGACGAACAACAAGAUGAUUAUGGAGAUGCAUCUGAGAGCAAUAAACGUAUUAUACUACAACGAUUCACUAUUUAUAACGCUACAACUACCAUGUAUAUUGCUGGAAGCAACUCAAAGGAAAGUCUAUUUCGUAUUAUGGAAAUCAGCAAAGAUGAAGAAAAUGAUAAUGUAGUUUCCAUCAUUGAAGAUAGUAAUUAUUUUUAUACCAGGAAAGAUAUGAUUGAAUUAUUGAAUGGAUUAGAUGAAUCUAUUGAAGGAGGUAUACAUAAAGUUGCCCAAGGAUAUGGGAUGUUAGGAUUAAUUAGAUUUACUCAGAGUUAUUACUUGUGUUUAAUCACAAAAUGUUCCCAAGUUGCUAUUUUGGGAGGACAUUUUAUUUAUCAUAUAGAUGAAACUAAGUUAAUCCCAUUAGGAACAAAUUAUAAACGUCCUGAAAAAUAUAGUGAUGAAGAAAAAUUAUUAUCUAUUUUCAAAUAUAUGGAUUUGGGGAAAACUUUUUAUUUUAGUUAUAGUUAUGACAUUACCAACACUUUACAAACCAAUUUUGUUCGAAACAAGAAAAAAGCCACUGAUGUUCAAUUUGGGGUAAAUACCAAUAAAGUAAAUGAUUUGUUUAAUAACUUUGAACACAAUGAAAGAUUUGUAUGGAACAACUUGUUGUUAAAACCUAUAUUAGAUAACCCUGAAGUUGCCACUUAUGAAUGGUUUCAACCCAUUAUACAUGGAUUUAUAGAUCAAGCUAAUAUUUCUGUUUAUGGAAGGAAGUUUUAUAUCACUAUAAUAGCGAGAAGGUCACAUCAUUUUGCUGGAGCCCGGUUUUUGAAAAGAGGAGUCAAUGAUAAAGGUAAUGUUGCCAAUGAAAUUGAAACAGAACAAAUAGUUAGUGAUAUGUUAAUUUCAUCAUUUCAUGAUCCCAAAUAUGGGUUUUAUAACAAUCCACGAUAUACUAGUUUUGUUCAACAUAGAGGAUCGAUACCAUUAUAUUGGACUCAAGAUAUGAAUAAACUUCCCAAACCACCUAUACAAAUAAAUUUAAAUGAUCCAUUUUAUCAAAGUUCAGCAUUACAUUUCAAUGAUUUAUUCCAUCGAUAUGGUCUGCCAAUAAUUGUAUUAAAUUUGAUUAAACAAAAGGAAAAACAACCACGAGAACUGAAAUUAAAUCAUUAUUUUAUGGCUUGUAUAAAAUAUCUUGAUCAAUUUUUACCUGAAAGUAAAAAAAUCCAAUAUUAUAGUUUUGAUAUGUCAAGACAUUCAAAAAAAAAUUUGGAUGUAAUAGGACCAAUACAAUCAAUAGCUGCUAAUGCAAUUAAUCAAAUUGGAUUUUUCCAUAAUGGGAUCAAUUUAUCUAAUACAAAUUUACAAAAGGGAAUUAUAAGAACUAAUUGCAUAGAUUGUUUAGAUCGAACUAAUGCUGCCCAAUUUAUUAUUUGUAAAGAAGCAUUAACUCAUCAAUUAAGAAGUUUAAAGAUUAUUUCUCAGACACAAAAUUUAGAUUAUGAUUCCGAUUUAAUUAAUGUGGUUACAGAAAUAUUUCAUGAUCAUGGUGAUACUAUUGCCAUUCAAUAUGGAGGAUCAAAUUUGGUUAAUACUAUGGAUUCUUAUCGUCGUAUUAAUCAAUGGUCUUCCCAUACUAGAGAUAUGUUGAAUAGUAUUAAACGAAUGUAUUCUAAUUCAUUUAUGGAUUCUAUACGUCAAGAAGCAAUAAAUUUGUUUUUAGGGAAUUAUAUUUAUGAACCUAAUAAACCAAAAUUAUGGGAAUUACAAAAUGAUUAUGCACUUCAUAAUGAUUAUUCAGGUAAUGGAUUACAUAAACCUCAUAAAAGUUAUAUUAAUUGGUAUAAUGAAACAUAUUUAUUAGAUUCAAGAUAUUUUUUUGGGGGAAAUGAAUGUAAUGAAAUUUUAAGAUUAGAAGCAUUUCCUGAUUGUAAUGAAAAAUGGUUUAAUGAAUGUUAUAUUCCAAGAAAAUAUCAAUCAUUUACUGAACUUUUCCAAUUUAAUAUGAAUUCAAAUUCAAGAUAUUUCCCUCCUACUGAAAAUACUGAAAAUGGUAAUAAUAAAUUUGAUUAUAGUCCAUUUGAAUCUAGAAGAAAAAAAUAUAAGACUUUUGAACAAGAAUCAAAAAAAAUUAAACAUGAUAUUAAAAUAAAAUCAUCACCAAGAUCUAAACGAAUUCAAAAAUUUUUACCAUUUAAUAAUGUCCAUCAUAGCAACAACAACAAUAACAACAACAAAAGAAAUCUUGAAUUAAUUGAAGAUGAUGAUGAUGAAGAUGAAGAUGAAGAUAAAGACGAUAAUGGCAAUGUCGAAGAAGAAGAAGAAUCAAUUAGUUUUCCUGAUUCAAAUCAAGAAAAUUCUAUUGUUACCGUCAAUGAAAAAGAUAUUGAAUUAUAUAAUUCUCAAUGGGAUUAUGAUAAAAUUAUAAAUCAUCAAACUAUAAAUACUCAAGAUUAUUCAUUUAAUCCUCGAGUUAAAACAAAUAUUGAAGAUAAAGAAAUUUAUUGGUAUUAUAGUAAUGAAAUUUUUUCUAAACUUAGAAAUAACGGUGGUGGUGGUGAUAGUAAUUAUAAUGGUUUAGAAGAUUUAAUUAGUCCUCAAGAUUUGAAAACAUAUUUGAGUUUUGAUAAUAGAAAUAAUGUUUACGAUGAUGAUGAAAUGAUUACAAAUUUUAAUAAUCAAUUGGAUUUAAAUACCGACAAUAAUUAUUUUUUUUAA